AUGGCAGAGGUUGCUAAAGGAUUAGAGAAACUCAUAAGCAAUGGUGCCAACUCCAAAUAUUUGACAGAAAAGUACAUCCUUCCUCUUGAAGAACGACCCAAGUUCUCUUCCGACGAAUCCCUUUCUGAAUCCAUUCCUGUAAUCGAUCUCAGUCGUGUUUCUGAUUGUUUAGGUCAACAAAAUAUUAUCCUGCAGAUCUCUAAAGCCUCUGAAGACUAUGGAUUUUUUUCAGUGGAGAUCUCUUCUUGUAGGAAGGUUGCUAGCAAGUAUGCUCUUGAGAUCAGGGCAUUGAUACUAAAGCUCUUGGCUCUAUUAUCUGAAGGUCUUGGACUUGAUUCUGGUUAUUUGAAUGAGAAAUUUGGCAAGCAUAAUCAAAUACAGUUGAUAAAUUACUAUCCUCCAUGUCCAAAUCCCAACCAAACACUUGGGCUUCAAGGCCAUUCCGAUCUGAAUGGCAUUACAGUUCUUUUGCAUGAUGAAGAAGGAGAAUUGCAAGUGCUCAAAGAUGGAAAAUGGAUCAUCGUGAAACCGGAGAAAAAUUCUUUUGUGGUUAAUAUAGCGAGGUACGAUACAGAGCUCUUCUCAUUAUUCUUAUGA